GCUGCUGUGAGCCAUUCAGCUGACCAGUUGGGGGUCGCUGAGGUAGUUUCUUAUCAUUCGUUUGAACUGGACACGCGGUCACGCCCGCUGGAAGGGGGCGAAACAGGAAGUACAUAAGAGAGAGCUCUCCCGCCGUCAUUCGUCUUGGCUCUGGGCAACCGUUCGCUGUGUCUGGGGGGAUGGGGCUCUGCUGAGGAUGAGAGACUCCACAUAUUUACUGCUUGGAUAACUUCAAUAUCGCUCUUUUCCCUCUUCGGUUCCCAUUCAAGCCUGCAUCGACGGACGCUCUCCCACCACGGAUGAGUUUAGAUCGCGUUUAACGAACGUAAAGUGGAGUGUUUUUACGUCCACGGCUCGUUUGAAAAAGUCGACGACAUGUAUUCCCCCGCUGGAGCCAUCGAGAUGCCGGAGGGACCUCGCUCUUCUGGGUCAGCGAGUUCUGACCCACCAUCAUCCCCGGUUCCUGAGUAUGUGUUCAAACCGCCAUCGCGGCCUGACUUUGGCACCAUGGGAAGGACAAUCAAGCUACAAGCCAACUUCUUUGAGAUGGAAAUCCCCAAACUCGAGGUUUACCAUUAUGACAUCGACAUCAAGCCAGAGAAAUGUCCCAGAAGGGUCAACAGAGAAAUUGUGGAGCACAUGGUCCAGCACUUUAAAACACAGAUCUUUGGAGAUCGGAAACCAGUGUAUGAUGGAAGAAAGAACCUGUACACUGCUAUGCCCUUGCCCAUUGGCAGAGAGAAGGUGGAGCUGGAGGUGACAAUUCCAGGGGAAGGCAAAGACCGCAGCUUCAAAGUGUCGAUCAAGUGGGUGUCCUGCGUUAGUCUGCAGGCGCUGCAUGAGGCCCUGUCAGGACGACUGCCCAGCGUCCCUUUUGAGACAAUUCAAGCACUGGAUGUGGUCAUGAGACAUUUACCAUCCAUGAGGUAUACGCCAGUGGGACGCUCCUUUUUUACCCCCUCAGAAGGAUGCUCCAAUCCCCUUGGUGGUGGCAGAGAAGUGUGGUUUGGUUUCCACCAGUCGGUCAGGCCUUCACUUUGGAAAAUGAUGCUCAACAUUGAUGUUUCUGCUACCGCAUUCUACAAAGCUCAGCCAGUCAUCGAGUUCAUGUGCGAGGUCUUGGAUUUCAAAAGCAUCGAAGAACAACAAAAGCCCUUAACUGACUCGCAAAGAGUGAAAUUUACAAAAGAAAUAAAAGGUUUGAAGGUUGAGAUCACUCACUGUGGACAGAUGAAGAGGAAGUACAGAGUCUGCAAUGUAACCAGACGACCAGCCAGCCACCAAACGUUCCCCCUUCAGCAGGAGAACGGCCAAACCAUUGAAUGCACCGUAGCGCAGUAUUUCAAGGACAAGUACAAACUCAUGCUGCGAUACCCUCACCUACCCUGCCUGCAGGUUGGACAGGAGCAGAAGCACACUUAUCUUCCCCUGGAGGUUUGUAACAUUGUGGCCGGACAGCGCUGCAUCAAAAAGCUCACUGACAAUCAGACUUCAACCAUGAUCAGGGCAACAGCCAGAUCGGCUCCGGAUCGCCAAGAUGAGAUCAGUAAAUUGAUGCGAAGUGCCAACUUCAACACGGAUCCCUACGUUCGUGAAUUCGGAGUGAUGGUGAGGGACGAGAUGACGGAAGUCAACGGCAGAGUUCUCCAAGCACCUUCUAUCCUGUAUGGAGGCAGGAACAAAGCAAUAGCUACUCCCAUCCAAGGGGUGUGGGACAUGAGGAACAAGCAGUUCCACACUGGCAUCGAGAUCAAAGUGUGGGCCAUCGCAUGUUUUGCACCGCAGAGGCAAUGUACAGAAAUCCUGCUCAAAGCUUUCACAGACCAACUUCGUAAGAUUUCCCGUGAUGCAGGGAUGCCCAUCCAAGGUCAGCCUUGCUUCUGCAAGUACGCUCAGGGGGCAGACAGCGUGGAACCCAUGUUCCGACACCUCAAGUACUCGUACCAAGGCCUCCAGCUGGUUGUUGUCAUCCUGCCAGGAAAGACUCCUGUUUAUGCUGAAGUCAAGCGUGUUGGAGACACGGUCCUCGGCAUGGCCACUCAGUGCGUGCAGGUCAAAAAUGUACAGAAGACGACUCCCCAGACUCUGUCGAACCUCUGCCUGAAGAUCAAUGUCAAGCUGGGCGGCGUCAACAACAUCCUCCUCCCGCAGGGCCGGCCUCUGGUGUUUCAACAGCCUGUGAUCUUCCUUGGCGCCGACGUGACUCAUCCACCUGCAGGAGAUGGAAAAAAGCCUUCGAUUGCUGCUGUCGUAGGUAGCAUGGACGCCCACCCCAGUCGGUACUGUGCCACAGUACGAGUGCAGCAGCACCGCCAGGACAUCAUCCAGGACCUGGCCACCAUGGUGAGAGAGCUGCUGAUUCAGUUCUACAAGUCCACCCGCUUCAAGCCCACCAGGAUCAUCUACUACCGGGACGGCAUCUCCGAAGGCCAAUUCCAUCAGGUACUUCAACACGAGCUGUUGGCCAUUAGAGAGGCCUGUAUCAAACUGGAGAAGGACUACCAACCUGGUAUCACCUUCGUUGUGGUUCAGAAGAGACACCACACCAGAUUGUUCUGCACUGACCGCAAUGAGAGGGUUGGGAAGAGUGGCAACAUUCCUGCAGGCACUACAGUGGACACCAAAAUCACCCACCCUUCAGAGUUUGACUUCUACCUUUGUAGUCACGCCGGUAUUCAGGGCACCAGCAGGCCGUCUCACUACCACGUGCUCUGGGACGACAACCACUUCUCCUCAGAUGAACUGCAGGUCCUCACCUACCAGCUGUGCCACACGUAUGUGCGCUGCACUCGCUCCGUUUCCAUUCCAGCACCAGCGUACUACGCCCAUCUGGUGGCUUUCCGAGCUCGCUAUCACUUGGUGGACAAAGAACAUGACAGCGCUGAGGGAAGUCACACGUCAGGCCAGAGCAACGGUCGAGACCACCAGGCGCUGGCCAAAGCCGUGCAGAUCCAUCAGGACACCCUGCGCACCAUGUACUUUGCCUGAGAGCUCAAGUCGCCGUGGGUGAGACCCACUGAUGGGACACACUACCCUUCGCCGUUAGCUGUAGUGUCACAGUGGUUUUAUCAUCAUCAUCAUCUCACUCUCCUGCAUGCCAACACUUGUACUUCAGACACGAACAGGGGAAACUCCCAAAUCACAAGAACCAAAAACUGGACUGGAAAACGUUGUUAAAUUCCUGUUUUUCGCUGUAGUUUUGUUCAUCAGAACCUAUGAAACCAUACAAGAAUCAUGGAUUUCUUACCUGACCAGUACCACCGCGGUUUGUUUGUAAUUUUGAACAAACCCACAACGCCCCCCCCGUCGCCGGUCACCACAAUGGUCACAAGUGUGUGUCUUCACUUACAAACAUUAUUUAUCAGCCAACGGAAGCAAAGUGCACUGACAAAGCAUGGGUACUUGAAUCAGGACUAAAGUACUUAACACGUUCAGGAUUGGUUGACCUUCACAUAGGGCACUAUGUGAUGAAAGUGCCAUUUGUUUUAAACCGACUCUGUUCUCAUUUCUGUAAGUCUCGAACCAUGUCACCUGCGUCUGUUGGGUUUCAGUAUUUGUCCUUCAUUUACACAAUUGCAUUUAAUGCCAAAUCUGUCAAAGCGCAGAAGCGGCGAAAUUGACUCUUGAACCAACAUUUAGUUCUUUCCGCGUAUAUUAUUCUUGUAGCUUUUGAAAGAACUCCUUUUUUUUCCUCUCCUGUUCAGCCCUGUGCAGGAAACACGAUUGGGACUGGCUCCCAACAAGGAUAUCUUUUUAUGUUCAACCUUGAGCCGCGAUCAUGACACAUGAUGUAGAAAUCAAUGUAGAGGAAUAAUGAAAUCAUUUUUUUGCUCACUUCUCUUUUCUCGUCUUUUAAUUUCAAUCAUAUUGGUAAAAUAAUAUGCAUGUAGAGUGUGUUGCCGUUUUUACUUCAUACGUUUUAAUGUAAAUAGCAGAAGGCUAGUGUUUUUUUUUUUUGGUCCUUAGAUUGUGUGUAUGUGUGGGGUUUCCAAACGCAGGCUCUUGGUACAAAAUGGCAUCGCCUGUAUGACUUUUUGAGCCAACUGAUUUUAAUACCCCCCCCAAAAAAACUUCAUUUUUAUUGUUUGUUCCAUGAUCUAAGAGCAAACAUUGUGGUUUGUGCACACAAAAGUUUGAGUUUUCUAUAACAGAUGUGGUAUAUUUUGCAUAAUGACGACAUCCAAAUGAGAUUUUUCAUAAUGACGGCCCUUUACAGUCAAAAUGCAUCAUUAUUUGUACACUGAUCAGAUGAAAAAAAAAACAUCCAUUUUGCCUUUAAAUGACCGGCAACGGUCUGACUAAUAAUUCCAUAUAUUUCUAAAUAACCCGGUGUACAUUUACUACCAAGCAGGCCGGCGAAUGUUUCUAGUUUUUCUAACUAUGCAGAAUUUAUAACAAAGAGAUUUAGGAGAGAGGCGUCUCAUUUUUAAUCAUUUGUACCAGGUUGAUAAUCAGGGCUCUAGCCUUGUUUUUAUUUUUAUUUUAUCCGCUCGCUGUAUUCAGUAGCGUUUCUUAGUUCUAUAUUGUCUUUCUGUUUAUGGAGAAGCCCUGUACGAUUUCAAUUGGAUUUUAAGAAUCUCAUUGGCACAGCGUGUUUCCAAAAGCCCGCAAGUCUCCUGCUGUUAUAUAUAUGCCUGUAGCAUUCGUUUCUUCAAAUCGAACCCCAAAUCGUACACUGGUGACGGCAGGAUCAUUUUUCUAUUAGACGCGUCCUUUCGUAACCCGCUUUUUUUUCCAUAGCCAAACAAGAUUAUAAAUGUCAAAUAUUCGCAGACAUAGAAGCACAAUGACACAUUUGAGGUGCUAUUCGUUUUCAGUCAAAGCCUCACUGGACUGUAUCUCAUGGCUUUCUAAGAACAAUGUUGGGCGGAAUGUGCUUAAGGAAUCUCUUGACAAACCUGGCUCGCCCCUCCUCCUCCCCCCCACACCCCGCCUUUUUUCAACCUUUUGUAGUCGUCUCCUGUAAAGCAGCUAGAAAUCCGACUGACUGUGUUUGUGGGGCAUUCUGAAAAAUCAUGUACUUGAUAUUUACUGUUGAUGUCAACGUUGUUCCUCGGUGCUGGUCUCACAACGUGUAAAUUUGGAUGCACUUUUGAUAGCAGAACACUUAGCAUGGAUGUGUGUUCCCCUGUAGAGAACGGGAGCGGCCAUAUAGUGCGACACUGGUGUAAUUGUGUGGAAAUGGCCGCGUGUUCUACCUCUUGUUACCUGUAAAAGUGUAAUGGUAACAUCACACCGCUGGCCAUUUCCGUAUAAUUACCCCUGCUAUCUGCUCUACCUACCCAAUUGGCAUUGUUAGGAGUCUUGCAUUGACUGCGGAGGUUUCAAAUUAAAACGCUUGGUUUGCAUCAUUUUUCUGUCUUUCACAAUUUGCUCUGUCGAGAAUAUUUGUUUGUUCGUUUAGAUAACAGAACUGCGCAUCCUAUUUGUGUUUAUUUAUACUCCCAUCACUUUCAUCUGUUUGAAUCCUAUGCACCGGUGAAAAAUCUGACGUCUGGCACCUUAAGUUUCACCUCAUGACGCAAGGUUCGCAUCUACGUUGAACCCAAACAUAGUCAGAACUCCUCUUCAUCCACGAGACUGUCGAUGGCAACGAUCGUAUUUAAAAAAAAAAAAAAACGCACAACCAUUUACAAAUAAAAAGCACAACUCUCCACAAUAAGCUGGUUUUUGCAACUGCGCUAGCAUGGCUAUGAGGAGCUUAUUAGGAUUUUUUAAAUGUAGCCGAGAUGAUCGCACACUAACCAAAGUAACCCCUCGAACUCGACCUUACUAAAGUUAUAAAAAUAGGAAGUGGCUGCCUAUCUAAAAAUCACUGCUGAUAGAAAUGUCAUUAUUUUGAUGCCUGAGACAGUUAUUGAUACUAAGGGUGUUUUUACGUUUGUUAGUUACAGGCUCGGACACAAAAAGUGGUUCUAUAAUUUUGGUUAGCUUUAAUCGGAUAUGAAGUAAGAAGAGUGAGAUACUUUCACUUCACUUGACGAAUUAGAACCUGAUCUUCUGCCAAAACAUUUAGACUUUCAUUACCUCAGAAAUAACUAGCGUGCAUUCAUCGAGUUAGUACCAUGGUUGGUUUGUAUUUGUUACUCUUUUUUUCAUGUUCAUACAAACUAUAAUAGCACCUUAUAUUACCAGAACGACCUGUUGUAGAUGCAGACAAUUAAAAAGAAAAAAAAACUGUUGCACUAAAACCUAAAUGGACUUUGUGACGUUCGGGCUGCAUCUUUUCCUCAGUGAUGAUCUGUUGGCUUUUUAGUCUACGAAGUUUUCAAACAUGUAGCUGCCCGGUUUGUGUCGCUUGUGUUCUAGCAAUGCUGCGUUACAAUGCAACAGCUGUCGAAACCAGCUGAUUGACACUGUGGACGUUGAGCUGUCUGUGAGCUGUGAUGCCAAAGUGCUGUGUGAAGAUGCAAGUUUAUAUCUUAAAAACAAAAAAAAGGAAGAAAAAAACAGGAUUCUGUGUCAUUGAGAAGUCAUCUGUACAGACAUUCAUGAAUGUGUGUGGAACAAAAUAAUAAAAAACAAAAAGCACCAGCUCAGAUAAGUGUGAGGUUCGCAUUUCAUUUGUUCACUCAAAUAAUGAUCUAAAUGAAUGUUUUAACAUCUGAUCUGGAACCUUAAUGAUUUUUUUUAAUGCCAGAGCUGACUCUAAUAUUAAGUUUGUUGCUAGAAAGGAAUGUACUGACUCAUGUUGGAGCCUUGAAGUCCCAAAUUAAGUUUAAAAAAAAUAGUUGCAAGUUAAAUGUUUCAUCUAAGUGUUUUUUUUUCCCAGUUGAAGCUUAAUAGUCAGCGAAUGCACCAUUGGCUGUGUUUAAUGGGCCGUUGAAUUCUGCAUUUUGUUUAGCUGAAGCUUUUAUUCAAAACGUCUUGUAGUCGAGCAACUAGACUCUGUGGUGUCCAAACUGUUCCACAAAGGGCCGCAGUGGGUGCAGGUUUUUGUUCCACCUUGUCUUUGCAGGGUUUCCGCCAGGAUUUGUUUGAAACAUUUGAAGAUGGGAAAGUUUUGACAUUUACUGAAUUGAUGACAAUAAAAACAGCUGUCCAUAUGUCCUGCCAGAAUGCAUGACUCGAGUUCUGCAAGCAAUGGACUUCUGUUAUUCUCUUUCUUUCUGUUUUUUUUUCUUGGAAAAAUACGCCAAUUCCACCUGCUGCGUUUGGUGUUACCAGUUUCUAUGGAUGUUGUCAAUACGCUUAAUUCCAUGAGGGUUCAUAUUUAAAAAGAGCACGUUUUCUGAUGGAGUGGCGGCUCUCAUUUAAGAUGUGGCGGUGCAAACCCUGCCGUGUCUUUGGAGUGCAGUCAGUUUAUUGCCAGUCAGGUGUUGCUUGUUUCAUUUGCAACCUCAUUGGUUAAGCAGUGUGAUGGUUGGAACAAAAACCUGCACCGGCCCAGCCCUUUCAGUACGGGCUUGUAUGCCCCUGAUAGAGUGAGAGUUAACCUAAGGAUCUUUGCUUUAUCCUUGAACCUCUGCUGCAUUUUGAACCUGCUCCCACACACCUGAGUCUGUAUUUGCAUUGUCAAGUCAUAGAACAUGUACAACUCCUCAUGGUAAUCCAGAACAAAUGCUAAACUUAAUUUUGGGCCGUAAACCGCGAUAAUUACAGGUCUCAUAUAAAUGCACAUAAUCACCUUAGAGUCGCUGUUUUUGGUUGGACGUAACCUCACCAAGGCCAGCGGAUGAAAUGGCUGAAGACAUAAGCUUUUGUGUUGGUGAUGGACUUGCUGAUGUCUCACGCAUAAGCAAGGGUAUAAAUAUAUAUCUAUGGAACCCUGUACAGUAAUCUUUGCCUAGUAGAGUAGGAGCUAUAUUCCUUUAACCAAAUAACAAUGAAUGUACUCAAACCGUGUGUGGUUUUCGUCAAUAGAUCCCUCAAGUAGGUUGGUUUGACUCUCAUGUACAGCCAUUUCUUUUUCUUGGUGUUCUAUCUGUAGACGGAACUUAUUAUUUGGAGUUUUUGUUUUGUUCAGAAGACGCCUGCGUUGGCUUGUUGGAUUACAAAUCUGGAAUUCUUGACACUGGCUCGGAUUAAGUAGCGUGGUUGGGGUUUUGAAAGUGUGUUGUCGUUGACCCGCUGUGACCAUUUGCUGUUAGAUUCGGCUUCCUGUCCUGUUGUUGUGGAUUUUUCUGCCGCAAUUUCUUAAAUUCUUUUCUUAUCCUGCUACUUCCUCCUCCCUGAGGCAAGACCAGUCUUUUUAUCUGAUUUGUCUUUGGCUAGAAGUCAGCUAUGUUGUGUGCAGAUAUGCAUUUGAGUCUUGCUCUCCAACUUGAAUAUUUUAUUUCCCACGAUCCGUUUGGUUGGGUUCUGCGGUCUCCCUUGAGGAUGUGUCUGUCACUGCGACUUGUCUCAUGGCAGGAUGGUAGUUCAUCUACGAUGCAACAAUCGCUUUGAUGUAGAUGUUAGAAGAAGCGUGUUUCAUUGCUUUUUUUCUUGGACCUGUAUUUUUUUUUUCCGAUCACAUUCACCUACAACCAGAUAAACAUGUUAUGUCCAAUCCUCAUAGCUGUCCAUGUGAACACAGCCACAUUGAGUAAACCUGAAUUUGUGCAACACUUAUCAGCCCUAGUCUUCUCUGACUUCGAGAGCAUGUAUUGCCUCGUAGGUAUUGGCCUAAAUCCAAGACUUGUAGACAUCAAAGCAACAUGAAUCGGCUUGGAAUGAAACCUACCUCUCGCUCAACACAAAACCCACCAUUCGUAAUGUUGUAAAUCCAGAUUUGUACGCAAACACUUUGUAAUUUAUGGCUGGUUGUUUUGACUUUUAAGGGACCAAAUUCGUUCGGGUUUGCUUUGUGGCAUUAAAUGGUGCCAACGAUUCUGAAGCGCAGCAAUAAUUUGGGAUUUCGCGUCUCGUCUUAGCACAAGUAGAAGCAACAGAGCAACCGUUGACGUGCUCAAACAGGCCAAUGUUGAAAGCGCGCCGCAAUAAAGUCACGAUAAAACUGCCAAGAGAGAGAACCCAGGCGACGUUUCCAGCCAGCGGUCAUUAAAGCAUUACAAAGGGAACAGUUGCUCUUGAACACAGUUAAACUGCAAAAGGUACCGUGUUGUUUUUACCUCGAGCGGGAAUCUGUUUGUGCCUUUUGUCGAACCCCUUUCUGCUUUUUCCAGUUUUCUAUCUCGCACUCAAAAUUCUUUUUCCAAACACAAUCUGCUGCACGAGAAAGCGACUCCCGUUGAUGAUUUUCAUGCAACUUUGUGUCAAGAUGCUGCGAAGAAAGAUCAGUAUUUGUGUUUUGCACUUUCAAAGCAGUCUGAAAAUAAGUCGCCUGAUAGGGCAGUGACAAACAACGAAAAAAAAAAAAAAUCCCAACGAGGUAUUUUAAGCUAUUGAUAGGGAUUAUACGGAAUAAUGUCUUUUGAAGAGCUUUUCUAAAAAGUUUGAGAUAUAUAAAUAUAUAUAUUUACAUUCAUGAAGUACCUCAUAAGCCUGAAAUAUGCUGCAUUGACUUUUCUUCUUUGGUGUACUUCAUAUUGUCUGACAAAUAUCUAAUCCUGUUUGGGAGGUUUGAAUGUCACAGUUUGUGCACGUGCUGUUACACCUUGUGGCCAUACAGUAACACGUCAUUUAUGCAAUUUGUAGCGUCACUGGAUUACUCUCGGAGCUGUAGCUGCAUUAUUUGUCUUGUCUUUUUCGUAUUGCCAAAAAUCUAAAAAUGUAGUUUACAUGCACCGUCACCCCCCCUCCCCGCCCUCUCCACCAGCCCUGAGCUGGACUACGACUGUUGACUCGGGUAUCGCCGUUUAAAAAGGGCUUUAUCUGAUCACCUGCACCUUUGUCUUAACAAAACCUUCAACUUUUAUUUAGAGGUUCUGAAUUGGCCUUAAAGCAAAAAAAAUGUGCACCACCAUGAUUUGAAUCCCAAAUUCACGCCAUCUACCUCCUGUGAAUGUAGGAGCUGUCCUGGAGUGUAGUGUUGAAAUCCACGCCCA